UAAAAUUAGCCAAAAAGAAAUAAUUAAAAUAAAGAAGUAACGCCAAGUUCGUGUAUAGAACGUAAAUUAAAAAUUUUGUAAAGUUCGAGUUUACGAUUAACAAAAGAAAACACCGUAUUUAUUAUCGUUAACUUGAUAAACUAGUCAGCAGCGGGUUAUAAAAAAAAAAGAAGGAAAACAUUUCGCUGUGACGUCGUUUGUGUAUUUUUGGAGUAUUCAUUUGUAAUACUCUCUUGAAAUAAUAGCAAGCAAAUAAGAAGAAGCGACAAAAUUUUAAGGCUUCAUUUAUUUAGUGAGGGUGUUGCCGCUAUUGUCGGAUAGUAUUUUGUGGAAAGUAGAGCGAGUAGUGCUCGAGUAGUGUUGCGUUUUAGUAAGAUUAAAAAUAUAUCUACCACUACUCGUAACGCAGAUACCUGUUGUUGGUCUGUUAGGCGUUUCCUACAAAAUUUCUUUUGAAAAGAUUGGACACUUCUAAAUAGUUUAACUUUACGUGUUUGGCGUUAAAAAUUUUAAGUAAAUAGUGGCAAUGGCUGAAGCGGCAAGUGCACCAACAGCAGGUGGUUCUCAACAAAAUAAUAGCAAUAAUGCAACGAAUGUGGUAACAACUCCUGUUGCCGCAGCUACUACUACAAAUCCCAAUGCAGAAGUAAUACGCGGUCAAGUAUUCGAGGUUGGUCCACGAUAUCGCAAUUUAGCUUAUAUCGGUGAAGGAGCUUAUGGGAUGGUCGUCUCUGCUUUGGAUACGCUGACAAGUACAAAAGUGGCGAUUAAGAAGAUUUCACCGUUCGAACAUCAAACAUAUUGUCAGCGUACGCUGCGCGAAAUCAAGAUUUUAACACGUUUUAGGCAUGAAAAUAUUAUUGAUAUAAGGGAUAUUUUGCGUGUGGAUAGCAUAGAGCAAAUGCGUGAUGUAUAUAUUGUGCAGUGUUUAAUGGAGACUGAUCUAUAUAAAUUACUUAAAACACAGAGGCUAAGCAAUGAUCACAUAUGCUAUUUUCUAUAUCAAAUCUUGCGUGGUCUAAAAUAUAUACACUCAGCGAAUGUUUUGCAUAGAGAUUUGAAACCCAGUAAUCUAUUGUUGAAUACGUCAUGUGAUUUAAAGAUUUGCGAUUUUGGUUUAGCUCGGGUAGCCGAUCCCGAACAUGAUCAUACUGGUUUUUUAACCGAAUAUGUAGCAACGCGUUGGUAUCGGGCGCCAGAGAUUAUGUUAAACUCCAAAGGUUACACCAAAUCAAUAGACAUCUGGUCCGUAGGUUGCAUUUUAGCCGAAAUGCUCAGUAAUAGGCCAAUAUUCCCCGGCAAACAUUAUCUAGAUCAAUUGAAUCACAUUUUAAGUGUAUUGGGAUCGCCUUCGAAAGAAGAUCUAGAAUGUAUUAUCAACGAAAAAGCUCGUAAUUAUCUGGAGUCAUUACCUUUUAAACCCAAAGUGCCGUGGUCGCGAUUGUUUCCCAACGCUGAUCCUUUGGCGCUCGAUUUACUCGAUAAAAUGCUAACUUUUAACCCGCAUAACAGAAUACUGGUUGAAGCAGCUUUAGCGCAUCCUUAUUUGAAACAGUAUUACGAACCAGAAGAUGAGCCUGUAGCUGAAGUACCAUUUCGUAUCGGUAUGGAACUAGAUGAUCUUCCACGGGAAACAUUAAAAGCGCUCAUAUUUGAAGAGACAUUAAAAUUUAAGGAACGACAAGCUGAUCAGGCCGUGUAAAGUUGCCAAAUAUCCAAUAUUUCAAGCCAUGCAAGACAUUAAGUAAUAAAGCAUAAAUCUUUCGGAUUUUAAAGAUGAUUAUUGCAAACUUAAAAGGCGACAUUAUGACUAUUACGCUUUAUUGUCAUUGUUUCGUCACAAUCGUCGAUCCAAUCAUUAAGUAAAAAAAAAAAAAAAAAAA